AUGGAUACCUCUCCCGACGCUACAGACACGACAGCAGAGUUGCUUUCCUACGACGACGUCCCCUACUCGGAGCAGCUCCCCGCUCAACCCACCGCCGACCCAAGUCACCCGCAACUUGCUGAUCGCAUUGGCAAUACCAAAGUCUAUUUGUUGUCAGAGACGUCUGGGGCGAGGGUAGGAAAGCGUAAACACGGAAGCGAGGAGGAAGCUACGAAUGUGGAGGACGAUGUCUCUAUGGGUGAUGGUUCGCCCUACAGAGAAAAUGCCAUUCUAUUCCACGGGACUCCAAUAUCACAUCUACCGACCUCAAACAUCUUCGCGUAUGCUACCCACUUCGACGCGCACCCAAUGGCCCUUGAAUGGAUUGACGACACAACCUGCAUCCUCGUAUUUCCCUCAAAACCGUCAGCACGUCUCGCGCAUCGGCGUCUCGCCAAGUCUAUUGCAGAAGAGCCUUCUACACAGGACGGCUCUGUAACGGCGAAACCUUUUCCGGUCGCUUUAUGGCCACCGAGGGACAGAAUCAACAAGAGUCUAGGACAGAGCGAGGGACUAAAGGGAGCGAUCAGGAUGAGGUGGGCUACGACCGAAGACGUGAAGAAGAGAGGAGCCAAAAACAAAAGUGAAUUUUACAAGACAUAUGGGAGGGAGGGACACCCUGGAGGAGCUCGCGAAUCAGAGAGGGAAGAGGGGCAGCCGAGCAAGAGGAGGAAAAGCGACUACAAGGAGUCAGUUGAGAGGGCACAACUUGAUGACGACCUCGAUGCCUUCUUAGCCGAAGAGGAUGCUCCAUCUCCAGAACCACCUUCUCCUCCGUCAAAGAUGCGGUCCGACUAUAUUGGCAGCGACGGCAGGACUCUUCUGGAAAGGACGUCCAUGAUUCGAGCCCACCCCGAUACCUUGGCAUCGCGAAUUAUGGCGCCCCUACCACGUCGUGGUAGGUCACGGAGAGGGGGCCGAGAGCAGGAAGAGAGCGACAGUAGGAGCAGAGGCGAGCGGCUGGGAGAAGGUGACAGGAGAUCCCGUGGACGGAGACGAUCCCAGAAAACCGAGCAGGACCUAGACGAUGAGCUGGACGCAUUUCUUAAUGAGAAGGACUGA